UUAUCUUACCCGAGGCAAGUGAUCAUUUUGCGGCAGGGACCACCCUGAAGAGUACGGGCAAGAAACGCUGUGCCUCUAUGUCUCGAAGGGAAUUGUGUUGACCACCUGCAUAGCUGCCUCUUCGUUUCGCCCAGUCUGCGACAGAGCCACUUUUGGCAUCUGAGCUGUUCAUGAAGAGGAGCGACAAGGCCACUUUCAUUGCCAGCCUCUCGGGCACGUGCGGCAGAGCCGACAACGUCCACUCUGACCCACCCAAGAGGACACCAUUGAUGAUUGAAUGGACAAGCAGAGGCCUGUAUGUGUCCUUGUCACCUGGAUAGAGAUCGGUACUGAUCAAAUAAGGGAAAUCAAGGUGUUUUCUCUCAUGCAACAGCUUCACAUCCUCGACAUUAAUGUUCCCCUCGGCCUCCAUCGCCUCCAAAGUGCCCGUACGAAUUGUGCCACAGUCGCACUUCCCAGCAAGCACCCCAUACACAGUCUACACGGCAUGCCACGACCACUGCAGAGAACCGCCUUCUGUGUGUUGUGUUCUGUUUGUCACCUCGUCGUGAGUUCCAAAAAACUCCACCCUUGAAGCAUCUUUAUACGGGUCAAUGCCCUGCGCCACCCAGCCAUCAUCACCACGACACGGUUCUGGACUGGCUUAGACGUGAUCCGUUCAGCUUGCUCCCACUUACCCGUCGGAUCAUCUCGUGCAGGCCCACAAUCCACCCUCCAAAACUUCGACGAUGCACUCCACACACCACCCGGUCUGUUUACAGAUAAGAGCUCACAUAGUAGAGUACUAGCAGCUCAAUACAAGAUAACCAGAGUUUGCGCACCCCUGCAUUCUAGUAUUGAGUCAACGGUGAGGUUGCGACGAGUGAAAAGGACAGUCCCGAAUGAAUUCAAAUGGAUGCCGAGACUAAUGUGAGACACACAGCGAUGUCAGCCAAGUGGUGUGUUAUGUACAUUGAAAGCAAGCGCACACUUCUUGCUUACCGAACCUUUGUCACCGACAAAAGUGGGCGGGUGCUAUACAUCGUUUGGAACUCCACUAAAAAUGAAAAUGCACAAUCUCCUUAUUUCUUGCCGCCGUUGUGUCUCUCUGGCAGACCUGUCAUGCCUGUACGUAGGGACAUGCAAUGUAUCUGCGUCAUCCUUGUGCAGCAUUGCUGCCCACUCAUGGCACCUGCCUGGAUUGGUGAAUACGAAGUCCAUAGGUGGUACAGAGUCGCUUCCCGGCGCCUAAUAAAAGCAAAGGGGUGACAGUCAGACACCAUAGUGUGCGGCGAGAAGACGGGCAUACCGCUGCUUCAUGGGCGAUAGACACAGAGUGAUACAUUGCGUCAAAAUCCAAAGCCACAAGAGAAAACUCGACAUCGCACUCAUCGCCGACGGCACUGUUAAGGUAAUUGUGGAAUGUCGCCCGCCACUGGUGCAGUACUUUCUCUUCGCCGCGAAAGGCUAUCACGGCCACUGUGACCUGCCUUCUCUCCGUCUCGAAGCUUCCACCUGGAUAAGCGUCGCGGACAUCGUAUGAUAUUGUGUGCUUUUCUCGCCUUACAUUUUUCUCGGGUUGCACGCGACCUUUCUGUCGCCUCGAAUGUCAGCUCUGUGCGUAUGAGGCCGAGGCACAAAGGAGACAUUUGACCGAAGGUAUUCCGACUUGGCUGUCUUUCAGUCUCUAUGGCGACGCGCGUUGGAGCCGUUUGGUAGCAAUCAGUCCUGUUCUUAGAAGACGAAGCCAGGUCGCUUGUAGACACGACGGCUGGCACCGCGUAGGGAAGCAAGAAGGCGUCGGCAGAAUCCACUUGGGUAUCCGCACGCACAUUGUAUACGAGGCAUUCUUGAUCUUGGGCAGAAUCCUUGAGGAUGAAAAGGACUGCAAGAGACACGCACAGAUGGAAUCCCGUGCGUGAUUCGAGUGCCAAAAGAGGCCCACCAGGCAGCACACUCCCGCACGGAUACAAAUCAAUAAAGCUCCUGAUUGAGAGGUCAAGCUUCUCUCCCUGUUUGCGCUUGCACAGACGCCCCAGAGAUCGUGUUGCGCUGAAUUCGCGGCACCGUCUUGACGCAUAGUCAGGGUCAUCUUCAUCGAGUCCCUCUCCGCUAUAUAUAUGAAGCCCUCUUUCUACGUCAUAGCUUUCAUCGAUGCUGUGGAGGCCGUUCACCGUGAAGAGCGUCCCGCCGAAGGGGAAUUGGGAGAUCAAGAACUGAAUCCCGAAAGGCCUCGAAGGUAUAAUAUCGAUGGCCCCGCUAUGAUCCUCUGCGAUGUCGUCGUAGAUAGGAUAUAUGCUGCUUCUCAAGAGCACAAGAGUCUCCGCGGCUCUGUCAAAGAUAUGCCGAGGAGGAUUCGGGCACGUUGACCUCUCGAGGUGUGCAUCGAGGAGGUGUCCCGUGUGACUAAAAGCUGUGUCUUCUUUUACUGGCAAGCCCCAUUCAGAAAACGUUUGGGAUACCCUUUCGAGCACCUUGAAGCCCCCGUCCGCGUGUAAUGCGGUUGCAGCGUCCACGUCCAGAUCGAAAUCGAUAAAGGCAAAGAGGUGUUUGAUAUGCCUGAUACACAUGUCGACACCACAGGACACAACGCACACACACACACACACACCGACACGAGCAUGUACAUCCAUCGCGCUUCUCCCCCUUCUUUCUUAACCCCACCUUAUGUACAUGACAUCCGCGCUGCUUCGUUUUCUUGCAUUGUUGUCUUCGUCUGAGCCCACAUCCUUCCAAGCCCUUACUCCUUCGUACUCGACGUCAAAAACGAAUCCCUCAUCUUGGGCUAAUCGAUAUGAUGCGGUCGCCUUUGUGUCGAUUAAAGUGCCAGACACCACAGUAUGGGAAACGCCAGAUAUCACAAAAUUCGUUUCUGCGUCUUUGACGAUAAGCCAAUCCUCCUUUGCGGUCAUGUCCUCGACUGCCCCCCAUUCAAGGAGAAAGAUCGGCAGGUGAGGGUCGGGAAGCCGAUGAUAUCGGCCAAGAAACGCGAUGGUCAUGCGAUCCGCGCUCCUGAAGCUCUUGACCGCUUCUAAAAGCGGGAAGGCUACCCGUUUCUCGAGAUUGGGAAUGACGCGUGUUGAUUCUCGAUCAGCCUUGUCGAUUAAUGCGAACAGCCAACCCAGCGAGAUAGCUUCACUGCGGUCCGUAGUAUUCCACAGCUGUGGAUCACUAGAGCCGCCGGGUAUCAUGAGCUGGUUCUCGCGCGCCACGGUCCCAUUUACAAGUAUUGUGAUGGAAAAGCUGCUGUCGUUGGACGGAUGAUUGGUGUCGUUUGUGUCCAU